AUGUACAACCCCAAGGGACGUCUCUGGUACCUCAUGGACUCACAGUCACCGUUGAAACCCACGUAUGACAACCUUCAGACACCCCCUCGCCAAACUGUUCAUCAGGUUGCACGCGCCGCCACCCAGCCGCCUUCCUGCCACGCCUCAAAGGAUCUCAUCACGCCUCACACUCUCUUAAAAGGUCAACCUCCGGACCUCCUCAUGUCGGCGCAAUAUUCAGAUUCUUCAAAGGGAAUUCAGACUUUGGACGUUGCCGGGCCCCCCUCACCCCACCUGAUUCUACUCAACGAACCUACGUAUUAUAUUGCCCUUUCCGUCCCGGUGGUGGAGGUCUCAGGGCUUCGCGGCGGGACGGUCGAGCUGCCCUGUGACGUAUCCCACCCUCCUAACGACGAGGUUCUCCUUCUGCUAUGGUUCCGGGACCUCACCACCCCAAUCUUCAGGGUGGACGAGCGGCGCGGGGAGAAGGCGCGAUGGUGGGACGAGCAGGUGUUGGGGUCCCGAGCGCGGCUACAGGUGGGGGCAGUGACGGCUGUUCUGACCCUGGCCGCCCUUACUCCCGCCGACCAGGGACUUUACACCUGCCGGGUCGACUUCCGCCUGCAGGCCACCAAGACCACCCGCAUUAGCCUCGCCCUCGUGGUUCCCCCAGAGAGCGUGAGUGUGGUGGAGGGCGCAGAGGAGGCAGCGGCACCCCGGAUCACCUCCAGCAGGGUGGUGGGGCCUUAUCUGAGCGGCGAGACGGUCAUCCUCACCUGCAACGCUCAGGGAGGCCGCCCGCCGCCAAAAAUACUCUGGCUGGGGAACGGACGUCUCUUCGACUCUGUCAUGGAGUCCCAGAUUUCAGGAAGCACCAGCGAGCCUCUCAGUCCGCCUGAAGCACUGACGCUUGGCCCUGAAACCACUAUCACUCCCAGGCCACCGUCGCCACACUCCAACCUACUCCCUGCAGGGUCACAUAUACGACACCCAGACGAGGCAGAAGCUUUCAGCACAUCUACUCUGCAGCCCUCCACGCCUCUCCGGCCGUCGUCAGUGCAGCGAGGGGAGCUGUACAACACCCUCACGCUGGGCCCCAUCACCAGAGCCCAUCUCAACAUGCGGCUCACCUGCCAGGCCCUCAAUUCCAACCUCACGCAGCCCGCCUCCCUCACUCUCACCCUCGACAUGAAUCUGCCUCCCCUGAGUGUUCAGAUCCAACCGCCCGAGCCGUGGCCCCUCACCGCAGGCCGCGAGUACCUGGUGCUGUGCGUGGUGAUCGGAGCGCGCCCUCCACCUACAGUCACCUGGUGGUUCGGUCAUCAACGCGUCCUGCAGUCUUCUCUCGAGACCUCAGAGGACGGAAACGUGACUACCAGCGCUGUGACUCUACUGCCGCAGCCAGAGGACGACGGCUCCUACCUACAGUGUGUGGCAGAGACGCACGCCGCCCCCGCCACCCUGGAGGACACCUGGAGCCUCACCGUCCACUACAUUCCUAAGGCGUCUGCCAGAUUUGGGUCCUCGCUCAAUGCCCAUAACAUCAAGGAGGGUGACGACGUGUAUUUCGAGUGCUCCAUAAAGGCCAACCCUCGGGCCACCAUGGUUUCCUGGAGCCACAAUAGCAACGAGCUGGUGCACAACGUGUCUGCCGGGGUGAUCAUCAGCAACCAGAGUCUCGUGAUGCAGCGAGUGGCGCGGGCCCAGGCUGGCCACUAUGCCUGCCAUGCUCGCAAUGUGGUGGGCCGCGGCAUCUCUAACACCCUCACACUGGAUGUCAAGUAUGCCCCUGUAUGCUCGCCGGGUCAAAUCACCACUUAUGCCGUGGCUCGCUAUGAGGACGCUGAGGUGAGCUGCUCCGUGGACGCAAAUCCUGAACAGCACACUUUCCGCUGGACGUUCAACAACACAGCAGACACCAUUGACGUGCCGGGCAGCCACUUCAGCACCUCCAGCGGCCACAGCGUCAUCACCUACACACCCAUGACGGAGCUGGACUACGGCACGCUGCUCUGUUGGUCCACUAACGACAUUGGCAGUCAGAGGGAGCCCUGCGUCUUUCACAUUGUUCCAGCAGGCAAGCCCGAGCCACCUGGGAACUGUUCUGUGUUCGAUGGCACGAAGACCUCAGUGCGGGUGCGGUGCGCGGCGGGGAGCAGCGGGGGGCUCCAGCAGACAUUCACGCUGCACGCUAGUCUGCAGGGAAGCCUCCACGUCCUCAACCUCACGGCGGACACCACUCCAGACUUCCUAGUGGGCGGGCUGCAGGAGGGAGGCCAGUACCAGCUGGAGGUGCGGGCGAUAAAUGAGCGAGGCCGCAGCACCGCUGCCCAUCUAACCCUUACCAGCGCACCUAACGGCUCGGCCUACCACCUACACGACGGACCCUUGGAGGCGGAAGUGCGCGAUGGUGGACAGACAGCGGCCGGCCCUAGUACAGGCACGACGGGCGUCAGCAGCAGCAAUGGCAGUGGGAACUCUGCUCUGGACACCCUUCAGCUGCCUAACUUUAUUCUGGGGGUAUUGGGCGCGGGUUCUGGCCUGCUGCUGCUUCUUAUCCUCCUCCUGCUGCUUCUCACACUCCGCCACAAAAGGCUCCUGCCGCCUCGCCUUCAGGCAGAGAGUCAGCUGCACGUCAGAAGAGAGACAGAGACGAGGUGUGGCCCGGAAUCUCUGCCCACGACACCUGACCACGACACCACCUGUCUAGAGCGGGACUUGCAGGUGGAAGCUGAGAGCGACGCAGAUCCCGAUGUAAUCCCGCUGCAGACCUCCUGCCGCGGCUGUGAGAUGGAAGCGGCCCCUGCUGCGACGCUCUUACCGCCUCACCGCUACUCCUACGCUGCCCUGCCCUCCACGAUGAGUAGCCCAAAGUAUAGCGGGAUGAGAGCACCGCCGUGCAGCCAGGGAGGUGAGUGUCUGGCACAGCAGCAGAGGCCUCACCCUGUCCACCACCAGCAGCAUCAUCCCUUUCUCCAUGACCCUUCGUUAUCCUCAACACUGCCUCGGCGGAGUCCCCUCGCCCCUGCUGCUCUCCAGAGUCGCUGUGCUUCCAUUAUUAACCUGCCGCAGCUGCCUUUCCUGGCCGUGGAGGCGGUGGGGCCCCCGCCCAGGCAGUACCUCGCCACAGAUAAAAAGCGAGUGUCUUUCGCAAGUCCACCAAACUUUGAGGAAGACGCUCCCAGUACGCCGCUGCUCAGGAAAGGCGACUCCUCCGUGUGACGAAAAAUUCCCCGAGUUAGUGUACCGAGUGGUGGCGUUAAUCCUUCCAGGCCUGAGAAACUGUGAAGCUCGGAUGGCGACAUGCUUGGUGUAACAACCCGCGUUAUGAUGUAAACACUGCAGUGCUCACGUGAAAAUGUGUGCAGAUGUCACAGAGUCCGUGCGCUCCGCCGAAUAAAAUUACUUUGGAUGUUUUGAAUAGAAAAUAAGUUGGCGAAGUGGUGGCCCUGUAGCAGACCCUCCACCUGGACCAGCCCAAUCACCGCCGUGCCUUUCCCCUCGUACUGACUUCCUAUAUCAGUGUUCGUGUAUCUGUGUCUUUCUAUCAUCUCUCCACCCACAGCUGUCCAAUGCAAGAUUCCCGCGCUACACUUUCAUCUCGCUCCU